AUGGUUCCACUUGUUCUCUACAGGUUAGUAAAAUAGUUCUGAUGGUUCCACGUGUUCUCUACAGGUUCAUUAAAUAGUUCUGAUGGUUCCAUGUGUUCUCUACAGGUUAGUAAAUAGUGGAACCAUUAAAUGAACAAGCCUGCUUUAAACCAAUCAGAUUAUCACAGCUCCUCCCCCCUCCUUCCCCACACCAGAUGGUCCCUGAGAUUCCGUGAUGAUCUGAACACGCCACACGUCUUCAAGCAUACGGACAAAAAAGUUUAUUUUAAUGUGAUUCACCUGAAGCCUGAAGACAGUCAGGUAAGUUAUUCAUUAUUGAUUACUGAUUAUUGAGACAGUCAGGUGAGUUAUUGAUUAUUGAUCACUGAUCAGUGCUGGACGACUCCAGGUGUGAGAGCAGCUGCUGUUCAAACUGUCAGAAACUGAAGUUCAGAUGAACUUUUAAACUGAACAGAGGAGCUUCAUGAUCUUCUUCUAUGGAUGAUUAGUGGACUUCAUGGAGAACGUCAGUAGAACCUGCAGGGAAACACUAAAUCAUUCUUCUAGUACAUGUUGGAUUAAACCAGCAAAACCUAGAAAUGAAAUCAAAAUUUAAAAUAAAAAGAUGGAACCUCGCAUCUGGGGUUUGCGGAAAGCUGCAGCUAAAGAACCUUCAGAAAGUUCUGAUGAUGAACCCAGAGAACAUUGUGCUCACGUCUGGACUAUGAAACGUUCGCAGAAUAAGAACCAACAUGUUCAGGAGUUGUUGAGAUGUUGGUCUGCUUCAGUGUGUUCCAAAAUAGAACGUCAACAGAACACAAACCAGAGUUUGGACAUGGUGUUUCUGUCACAGUCGGGCGUCUCAAGUCAGAUCUAAGUGAAGCUGACAGAACCUCAGAGAGAACCGACCAACCACCUGCUCAGGGUUAAGAACAGAUCUCUGCAGACGCUCAGGUUCUGAAGGAAGGUUCCGACAGUCACUGGUCAUGAUGAAGUGCAAAAAGAGAGAUCCAACAGGUCACUGAGGAUCCCUGUAGAGAUGGUAUGAUGUUCCACGAGGGCCUCAGCAGGAUCUACUGUUCAUCUAGAUGGACUUCAGAAGGAUAUAGGGAUCAUCAAGAGAUGUGUGGGUAUCACCAUGGGUUCUAAGGUCUUGAACGUACCUUGGAAGGUUCUACAAGUCUGAUGCAAUGUUCUAAAAGUCUUCAGGAAAGUUCUAGAUGAUGUUGAUGAGGUUUUAUUAUCCUGAGAAUGCUCUACAAGUCCAAUACACUGUUCUGAAGGUCUGCAGGGAGGUUCUAGAUGUUUUUCAGGAGGAUAAAGGCGUCACUGAGGAAGACGUAGGUGUCACAGUGGGUUCUACAUGACCUUGAUGAGGUUUUACAAGAAUGCAAAGAAAGGACCUAGAUGACUAAUGCACUGUUCCAGGGGUUUUAAAGAAACCUCCAGGUUUUAGAAGUCUGUGGUCAAUUCAAAGGUUCGGGAGAUCUAUCAAAUGGCCUUAAAAUCAGGUUCCACGUCAUCCUAUUCCACUUCUACCAAAUGAUUAUUUUCAUCACAACACUCAGAACAGGAUGAAGGAUCUUCAAGAAGGUUCUAGGCGUCAUUUAGAAAGUUCUAAGAGCUGCUGGGUUUGUUGGUCAAAAAAGUUUUUGUAGCUGCAGAACCUUCAGCUGUGGAACCAAGCAGUGGACGAAAUAUCUCCGUCAAAGUUCUCAGCAGGUCUGCAAACCUGACUGAAUGGAACAAAGAACCAUUGAGACGUUCCAGUUUGUGACGACCUAGUUUGGUUCUGGAGGAUCUGCAGUGGAACCUGAGGUCUGUGAGUUGUAUUUUAAACUGUGACUGUAAACAGAGAUGGUGGAACUCAAACAUUCAAUGCUUUAUGUUCUGAAAACAGCUUAGAACUGGAGCUUUGCUUUCUCUGCUUUACAUGUGGUUCUGAAAGGAUUUAAUUAGUGUUAAUGACGUGUUUAUUGUUUAUGAAAGUUAUGAUGUGAUGUUCUAAUGAUCGUAUCAAAACCUUUAACAACAUGAACACAAAACAUCACAAUGUUUUCAAAGAACAACAUCCUUUAGCAAUCAGUAAAAACAUGCUGUUCUACCAAGGAUUUUACAGAACAUCAAGCAUUGUUAGACUGUUUUCAGAGAAUGUUCUACUUGAAGAAAGACAUUUUGGGAAAGAAAGAUAAAAACAUCCCAAACACUAAAAUUUCACAGUCAUGUUCUAAGAAUGCUUUUAGAAUAAAAAGUUUCCAGCUGUGUAGUUUGGUUCUAGAACACCCACAGGAGGUUCUACAGGUUCUAAAAGAGGUACAAAGAAAAGUACAUUGUUGUUAAGAAAGAAUAAAUUGUCAUUUUUGGGUUCUAAAAUUGUAAGAUGAGACUCUACAAACAACGUUAGGGUUCUAGAGGUCCAUGGGAAGGUUCUACGAUCAUCUGGAGAGUUUUAAAGACCACUUGGAAAGUGUAGAAGGUCUUAUUGUAAAGGUAGGUCCUCUAGAGGAACAGGUAGGUUGGCUCUAAGGGUUCCUUAAAGUUAAAAAAAAAAAGAUUUCUUUAGGAGGGGGUGUAGGGUUCCAUGAAAAACUUCUUUGAGGUUUUGUUAGUGUUUAAGAAGGGCCACAGGAUCACAGAGAGGGUUCUAGAGGUUAUUGGAGUAAGGCUCUGGGUUUUCAGAAGAUUCUCCAGAUCCAAGCAUGGGUCAUAGUAGAGUUCUGAGUAGGUUCUGGGGUCACUGAGAAGCUGUGGGGGUCUUUGGGAAGGUUCUAGAUCUUCUUGGAUGUAUAGCAGCAAUUUACCGGUACCAUGGGCCUUGAAGAUGAAGUUCUAGGAGUCAGUAUUAACAGUCCUACAUGAGGUUCUAAAGAGGUCACUGAGGAGGUUUUAGCGAGAACUUCAGACUCUGUUUGUGUUUCAGGAUGAUGCUGAAUGACCGGUGGACCAUCAUGAACAACAGCAGCUCUGAACUCGAUAGCAAGCGCCCCAACACGCACAAGAGGUGCUGCAGCGUCCUGUUAUGGUCUGUUGUCACGCUGGUUGUCAUAGCAGCCGCUGUCACGACAACCAUGACUAUCCUGUACCUGAACCAGUAUCCUCUACCCUUCAUCAGCAGGGGCGGAGUCUCUCCACCUGUGAUUUUGACCAAUCCCAAAGACUCUGGUGCCCUGGUGACGGUCUCGCGUGUCGUGGAUGGAGAACCAAUCAGCAUCUUUCUGGACCCAAACUGUCCGGACUUCAGCGAGCACUUCGUCCGCUGGGAGGCGCUGCAGAGCUCACUGCUGACGACGCUGUCCAAUCACAACACAGACUGGCAGGAGAGGGGACUGCUGCAGAAGCUGGGCGAGGAGCUGAAGGGGUUAGCAGGCCAUGCCCACAACCUGAGGCUGGAAGCUGAUUCGCUGAAAAGAGGUCAAGGUGUUCUGAACCAGCAGCUGGAUGGACUGCAGAGUGACCAGAGCCGCAUCAUCCAGGUGUUAUCUGACAGCCAUGCAGGUGUAAUGAAGCUAACGGCAGGUUUCAGUGAUUCUCUGCUCAGCCUGCAGAGGGAGAUGGAGAGUCUGAGGAGGCUGAAGAGUGAGCUGAGCAGAGAGAGUUCGUUCACAGCUCUCAGACCCAGAGACUGCAGCGACGUUCAGGCAUCCGGCGUCUCACAGAACGGAGUUUAUUCAGUGUUUCCAACCCACGACCCCGACGGCUUCAUGGUUUACUGUGACAUGAGCACCGACGGAGGAGGGUGGACGGUGUUCCAGAGGAGGGAGGACGGAUCAGUGAACUUCUUCAGAGGAUGGGACGCCUACAGAGAUGGCUUCGGGACGACCAAUGGAGAACACUGGCUAGGUCUUCAGAGGGUCCACUCCCUGACCAGAUCUGGGGUUUAUGAGUUGCGUAUUGACAUGUCUGACUUCGAUAACGCCACAGCGUUCGCUCAUUACUCCCAUUUCUCUGUUGGCCGAGACUCAGUGAACCCUGAAGAGGACGGAUACCCGCUGGAGGUGGAGGGGUACUCUGGGACGGCAGGUGACUCCCUUCUGAAGCACUCUGUGCAGUUCACCACCAAAGACCGGGACCAGGACCAGUCGGAGAACAACUGUGCGGCGUACUACCAGGGGGCUUGGUGGUACCGGAACUGCCACACCUCCAACCUGAACGGCCAGUACCUGAGGGGAGGCCACGCCUCCUACGCUGACGGAGUGGAGUGGUCCAGCUGGACGGGCUGGCAGUACUCGCUAAGGUUCACCGAGAUGAAGGUCCGACCCAGUACCAGACCCAAGUCCUGAAUAUAUACCCCCAAACUCUAACCCAUAACUCCGCCCCUAAACUAUAUAUCCCACCCUGACCCAUAAGCCUGCCCCUGACCUCUGACUUCACCCAUAACCCUCCCCUGACUCCACCCAUGGAGAACUUCAGAGAAGAAGAGCUGUUUUAUAAAAUGAUGUGAAAAUGUUGAGUUGUUCCUGCUAAGGUGUUCUAAUCAAUAAAGUUUGAUAUUGA